UACGCCACUUGCGUGGUCGCUCAAAUAACCUCCUCUUCACUCACCGUAUCCAUCGCUCAACGAUCGCGGUUUUCACGACCGGAAUCUCUCUGGAAGUCCCUUAAUUUCGCCGUUCUUGUUCGCUCGCAUUGAUUCGUUUCCUUCAAAUAGAUAGGCCGUUAUUCUCCAGCCGUGUUGCGAAUUAGGGUUUUGGUGUUAUUUAUUUGCAGCGUCCUUCAGUGGAUGGGCGGUGCCGCUGCGGAUCUAGGGUUUCUCAAUUUGGUGGCGCUUAGCUGGUUGACGUCCAAGGCUUGCGAGUUCUGCGGUCGGGAGGUAAGCGAUUAGUCGAAAGGCGCGGAAUUGAUAGGCCUCGCGGCAGAAAGGCGAGGUAUUGGAAACUGGAACUGUAAGAAAGAUAAAAGGCUAUAUGCAAGGGUGGGAUGGUGAGAAGUGAGAGCGGAUGUGGCACAUAUGGACUGUCCCUACGAUUGGUACUGAAGCAAGAGAGAAACAGGCUGUGAUUCCACAACUACCAGCUCCACCAGCUCUUUCGAUGCAUUUAUCACUCGAUUUUUUCUCGAGGUGCGUUAGGAAGUAGUAGAUCAGCUAUUAGAUAAGACAGCAAUGCAUGAAGCAGUGCAGUCUGGAGGGCACUCUCCAAAGCAUUUGAAUGUUCCAUCAUCAAAUCAACAGUUGAAAUCUGGUUCAGAUAAUUUACAGAACAGUGGGACUUCCUUUUCUUCUCAAGUUAAGGGAAAGAGGAGGGAUAGAGGUGAUCAAGUUACGGAGCUUGUCAAGCGAGAACGUACGUCAAAAAUAGAUGAUGGUAAUUCCACUGGUUGCAAGGUUGACAACAACAUGAUUAAAUAUGAGCUUUCCAAAUUUUCAGAGAAAGGUGCCCUUAGAUGUACUGAUGGGGUUGAAAAGCUGUUUCAGUUGAUGCAAGUUUACAAUAGUAAGAAAAUUGAUCUUACUGGCAGAGUGCUCUUGGCAGAUGUGAUUGCUGCUACAGAUACUAUUGACUGCUUGAACAAGUUUAUGCAGAUCGGGGGUGUGACUGUUCUUGAUGAAUGGCUUCAGGAGGCACACAAAGGGAAGACCGUCGAUGGGUAUAGUCCCAAAGAGAAUGAUAAAACUGUUGAAGAGCUGUUGUUGGCAUUGCUUCGGGCGCUAGAUAAAUUACCUGUAAAUCUUCAUGCGCUCCAGGCAUGCAAUAUCGGCAAAUCUGUGAAUCAUUUGCGUAGUCAUAAGAAUCUGGAGAUCCAGAAGAGAGCUAGAAGCCUUGUGGACACAUGGAAGAAAAGAGUUGAUGCAGAAAUGAAGCUGAGUGAUGCAAAACCUGCUGGUAGUAGCCAAACUGUGACAUGGCAGAUCAAACCAGGUUUCUCUGAAGUUUCUCAUGCAGGAAAUCUGCGGAAUGGAUCUGGCGAGUUAUCCAUGAAGGGCUCGUAUGGGAAGUCUGUUCCCACAGAUUCUGCAAAAUCGACCACGGUGAUUGUGGGAUCCGGGAAAGUACAAUCAUCUUCAUUUGCACCUGUAGCAAAUAUAUCAAAGGAUUCUUUUUCCAAAGAUGCUGUUAGUGAUCUGCCCCAGAUGCUAGCAGAGGAAAAGAGUUGCAGUUCCAGCCAGUCUCAAAACAAUAGCCAGUCUUGUUCUAGUGAUCAUGGAAAGACUGUUGUCUCUUCCUUGAAGGAAGAUGCUCGGAGCUCUACUGCAGGAUCAGUGAGCAAGAACUUUAGUGGUUCAUCUCGUAAUCGAAGGUCAAGCAAUGGGUUUAUAUCCAGCAAUAUUUCUGUCGGACAGAAAGAGUCAAAUUCAGGCAAAUCAGGCUUGCUUAUUCGAAAUACCAUAAGUGAGAAGGUAUCACAAGCUGGACUUUACUGUGACAGAGCAGCUGAUGUGUCGCCUUCUGAGCAUGGAAGCUGCGACAGAGUUAUUGUUAAGCAUCCUAAUCCUGGUCGUAGUCCCGCUAGAAGCACUAGCGGAGGUUCCUUGGAAGACCUAUCAGCUGGUAGCAGAACAUCGUCCCCUGGUGUCUUGGAUAAACGUGAGCAUGUAGAUCUUAAAGUAAUUGUAAGGAAUGAUACUGGUCGAGCUCAUAUUGUUGCAGAGGUAAAUGCUGAAUCAUGGCAGAGCAAUAAUGUUAAGGAGGGGCUUGUUGGAUGUGAUGAGGGUGAUAGAUUGUCAAUGAUUGUACCUGAUGAAGAACAAAGGAAUGAAGCUGAGAAGGUUAUGGAAAUUCCCAGAACUAAGUGCUCGUUAUCUGGUAAUGAGAAGUUUACUAGUGGUUCUGAACUUAAGAGGGGGGGUUCUUUUAGCUCCAUGAAUGCCUUGAUUGAAAGCUGUGCUAAAUAUUCUGAAGCUACAACACCAUUAUUAGGAGAUGAUAUUGGCAUGAAUUUACUUGCGAGUGCAGCUGCUGGAGAAAUGCCCAAACAUAACGUAGUAUCUCCUGCGUCAUCAGCAAAAGGUUCUCCUGCAGCAGAGGACCCCUUCUGUAGUACUAAUGAGGCCAAUGCGAGAUUUUCGUCUGGGGUUGGAUCCCGAAAUCUCAGUCCAUCUGAUGAAAAUACUGAUUCAGAGAGACAUGUGAAUGAUAUUGUUUGUGUAUUUGGAAAGGAUGAAAUACAAGUGGUGGCUGCAAAUUGUCGAGAUGUAAAGGAAGAGUUGUCUAGAGAAGAUGCAAGUCAGAGCAAGGGUGGCAGGACGAUUGGUGGGUUUGUUGUGGAAGGUUUAGCAGAUUGCAAAUCUGUGGUAAGUAGUCCAGCAGAUCAUGUCAAGGCUAGCAGCUCUUGCCAUGCUGAAACAAGCAAGUUUUCUUCUGAUUCUGGAUCUAAAUCUUUGUUUCAUGGCAAUGACUGUGAGGUCUCUGCAUCAGGAAAAGAUGUCGAGAAGGUAGUGAUUGUGGAAUCAUCUUUAUGCCAUCAUUUUAACAAGGAUUUACGUGUUGGUGCCAUCUUAACAGAGCAAAAGUCACAUUCUCUUGUGAAACCUGAAACAGGGGUGGUGGACAGAAGGGGUGAUGGUGCGACUACUUCAUCUGUUGCUGUUAAGGCUCCAUACCUAGAAAGUGCAGAUUUAAUAAAUAGUCAAAAUCUUGAUGGAUUGGGUGAUCAAUGCCUAGAACAAUCUGGAAGGAAUGGAUCAGCCAUCCUCCCUUCAAACCAUAGAUCACAUUGUGAAUCUGCUUCAAGUCCUGGUAGUGUGGACAAUGGUGCACAGAUCGCUGAGAGAAAAGCUGUUCUAGAGAAGCAUAAUGCAGGUACUGAUGGCCAUGAUCAACGGCCCACCAUGCAUGGGGAAAUUGAGGCUUGUGCCACGAUGUCUGCAGAUGAUGCAGAAACGAAGAAGGAACUUGUUGCCUCCUCAGUUGAGAUUUCUUCAUUUGUUGCUAACUCCAAGCAAGAUGCAGGAGCUAAGCUUUACUUUGACUUAAAUGAAGGCAUACUCGGAGAUGAUGUGAACCAAACUGAGGCAAUUUCCACAUCUGCGCCUGAUUGCUCCCCUGCACUAAGAAUCUCCAAUUUCUCAUCUUAUGCAUCUUCACCCAUGCGUUCGCCAUCUCCUAUAACAGUUGCUGCUCCAGCCAAAGGAUUUUUUACGCCUCCUGAAAUUUUGUUGAAGAAUAGAGGGGAUCUUGGAUGGAAGGGUUCAGCCGCUACUAGUGCAUUUCGUCCAGCAGAGCCUAGAAAGGUUUCGGAGAUGUCGUUUAAUUCUCCUGAUGUGCAUUCUUUUGACACUGCUGGGGUUAAGCAAGGCCGUUCUCUAUUGGAGUUUGAUCUUAAUGUCCCUGACGAGAGAGCUCUUGAGGACAUGGCUUCUCAGAAAUCUGCUCAGACAACAGGUUCUGAUUCGGGUAUUAUUAGUGACCAUGCUGUAUCUUCACGAGCUGCUGGAGGAUUGGAUUUUGAUUUGAACAGACUUGAUGAAGGAAACGAAGAUGGUAAGUGUGUGGCAAGCAUAAGUUGUCAUUUUGAAGUACCGCUUUUGCAUGCAAGACCUACAACAACAGGACUCCCUAAUCGGGAUGCUAAUAUGUUAAGGGACUUUGAUCUAAAUUGUGGGCCAGGCAUUGAUGAUGUAGGUACAGAGCCUCUUUAUAGAAAUCAAAUUUCAAAAAAGAGUAAUAAUAUUCCAUUUUUUCCUCCUAAUGCUGGUCUUCGAAUGAAUAAUACUGAAAUUGGAAGUGGUUGGUUUCCCCCCUUUAGCUCCUAUCCAGCUGUUGCGCUUCCACCAUUCAUGAAUGAUAGAGAGAAAUCUUACCCAAUUGUUGCAGCUUCAGGGGCCCAGAGGAUUUUGGGGCCUAUAACCGGUGCUGGAACUUUUGGAAGUGAUAUGUAUCGAGGACCAGUCCUUUCAUCCUCUCAAACCAUGGCUUAUUCACCUGCUGCCCCCACAUGUUCUUAUGCAGGCUUCCCAUUUGGUGCUAGUUUUCCACCGGCCUCAUCUUUCACUGCUGGUGCAACAAACUACGUUGAUUCUUCAUCUGGUGGCUGUUCGUACUUCCCUCACAUCCCUUCACUUGUUAAAGCUACAGGUGGUGUCUCUUUUCCAAGGCCCUAUAUGAUUAGUUAUCCAGAAGGCAGUGCUUCUAUUGGAUCUGAUGGUAGGAAAUGGGCAAGGCAAAGUCUUGAUCUGAAUGCAGGUCCGGGAUAUGCAGUGGAUGUUAAGGAUGACAGAUUACCUUCUUCAAGACAGCUGCAUGCAACCGGCUCACAGAACUUCAUGGAUGAACAGGCAAGUCUACGUCUGGUGGCAGGCUGUGUGUCGAAGCAGAAGGAAAUCAAUGGAGGCUUGGAACCGGAGAGAUUCACUUUUAAGCAUCAGUCAUGGCAGUAGUAAUAUAGAGGAUGACAUUUCAUCCGUGAUGCACGUGUCUGGCUCAAGGCGUUUGACCAAUCAAAUUUGCUUCCGUGCUAAAUUAUUUCCACCAACCUGUAGCAGUCCAUGUUUGGCUCUAGGGAGAUAUGGAGCUCAUUCAGAUGGAAUGCUUGACUUAAUACAUGUAAUUGUUGGGGUAGCAUGCUUUCCUUGUAAUGGACUUCCCAUGGAUUGCAGUUUUCUUGCUUUGUUGCAUCGUGUAAUGCUCCAUCAGCCUCGGUAAAGCUCAAGGAUGGGCAUCUGCGGCUGGUGUACAGAAGAAUUGUUCCUGCUGAUGAGUUUCCUUGUAGAAAAACUUUAGACUUUCUUGUCUGAGUUUUUUUCUCCAGUCACCUGCAACUUACCAACAGGGAAAUGUUGGUUGGGUACUUGAGCUAUCAGGAACAUUUUCAUUGGCACAAGACUUGACAUUUUUUGAUCAUAUUGUAUGAACUGCCCAAAACAAGAGAAUAUUGUUUAUAUUUAUAGAUUAGGUUCCUUGCUAAAUUUUGUUUUUGAUAUUCCUUUGUGGGCUUAUAUGAGCAGAAGACUAUGCUCAUAUGGUUUUUAUUGUGGUCAUUCUGAGUAUUGCAUAUUGGUAUCCUUCUCAUGUUUUUAGAGUUGAGUAGUUUGUAUACAAAUAUUGCUUUUUGGUAUGAUGGCUGUUUUCAUGUGAAGGUAUAUAACUCAUUCGGCCUUUAUUACUAACUAUUUUUUACAAUAAUUGAGACCA